CUUUCUAAUCUCGUCGGCGUUAGCUCGCUGGGCCGAUUACUGGUAAACCUGGCAUUGAGCAUGCUCACGCAUUCCCGAUGUUACCUCUCAUUUGAUUAAUAUAACCCAUUGCUGUGAUCUGCACAGUUGUCCUCUCCUUUUUGCUGUUUGCUCCUCGUUGAUUUAGCGAUCCUUUAUCGAGUAUUGUCCAUAGUUUGCCGUAACCAUGGCGCGACGGAGCUACCUCCUACCCACCAUCAUUCUCCUAUGCAUCACAUACGCUCUUUUCUCGAGUCUACCGCCCGGUGCGGAGCCACAUUAUCACCACCAUUUCAGAAAUCCAUACGACCCUCCCCCGCAUAAGGAGGGUAGGAUCCGUUGGCGGAAGCAUGCCGAGCAGUACCCAAUUUCGGAUUAUAUCCCUCUUCCUUCGACUGCGCCAUCCACUAUUCCACGAAUUCAGUACAAGUUCUCUAAGGAGUCGUGGUUUGCACGAUGGGGACGGGUGAAAAGGCAGCGUGCGGUCAAGAAAGCAUUCCAGCACGCGUGGAAAGGGUACAGGAACAAUGCCUGGCUGGAAGACGAGCUCUCUCCCCUCACUGGUGGCCACCGCGAGACCUUUGCGGGCUGGGCGGCUACCUUGGUGGAUUCCCUAGAUACUCUCGUUAUUAUGGGACUCACUGAGGAGUUUGAGGAGGCCGUGAAAGCGCUUGAGUACAUCGACUUCACUACCACCAGCGCCAUUCAGAUUAAUGUCUUCGAGACUAACAUUCGGUACUUGGGCGGGCUUCUGGGUGCCUACGACUUGACCCAGGGUAAAUAUCCGAUUCUCCUAAAGAAGGCAGUGGAAAUUGCGGACAUGAUUUAUGGAUCGUUUGACACUCGUAACCGAAUGCCACAGUCGAGGUGGGAAUGGACCAGAUCUGCGGAUGGUCUGAGCAUCGAGCCGGGCCGAAACACCAUACUUGCUGAACUCGGGUCAUUGAACCUAGAAUUCACGCGACUCUCUCAGCUAACAAAGGACCCUAAAUACUUUGAUGCUAUCCAAAGGAUAACGGAUUUUCUCGAGGAUACUCAGGAGACAACCGAUGUACCUGGGAUGUGGCCCAUGAUGGUCAAUGCUAAGGACUUGGAAUUCGCUGACCCCCGAUUCACCAUCGGAGGAAUGGCUGACUCGACAUAUGAGUACCUCCCGAAAGAGCAUAUGCUUCUGGGAGGGCAGACCAGUCAGUACCGUAGAAUGUACAACUCCUUCAUGAAGGCGUUGAAGAGCCGCCUUCUCUUCCGCCCGAUGACCGAAGACGGCCGAGAUAUCCUCUUUGCUGGGAACCUCCGCGUUACUGGAUCUUCCAGCCGGAAUAACCUAGAGCCCCAAUGGGAGCAUCUCAAGUGCUACCUCGGAGGUACUGUCGGCAUAGGGUCCAAGGUGUUCGACCGACCCGAAGAUUUGGCUGUCGCGCGGAAGUUGGUCGAUGGGUGCAUUUGGGCCUAUGAUAUUAUGCCGACCGGGAUCAUGCCAGAGAUCUUGCAUCUAACAGUGUGUAAGGACGAUGACAAUUGCCAGCUGCCUCGAAGCUCUCAGCCCACCAGCACCUCAAAGGAUGGCAAGAAGUUGCCGCCAGGCGUGGCCGAUAUUCCUGACCCCAAGUAUCUACUGCGACCCGAAGCUAUCGAGUCAGUUUUUAUCAUGUACCGUAUAACAGGCGACCGGUCUCUGCAGGAUGCGGCGUGGAGGAUGUUCCAAAAUAUUGACAAGAUGACGCGGACCUCGUUUGGACACGCAGCCAUUUCCGAUGUACGGGACCCCGAGUCGCCGCAGAUGGACUACAUGGAGAGUUUCUGGCUGGCAGAGACUCUAAAGUACUUUUACCUCAUAUUUUCCGAGCCGGACCUCGUGAACCUGGACGAAUAUGUGCUGAACACGGAAGCACACCCUUUCAAGCGUCCAACUGCUUCAAGUACAUAAUGCGAUUGGGUUUUCUGUUUGUUAUGAACAUACAUGGCGAACAGGCGUCGCCAUCAGCGAUUAACCUUUGACACCAGAUGGUCUUUAUACAUAUGAAAAACCAUCUGAUCAGUAAAUAGUCUGUGAAGGCGUCACUGGUCUUUCC